CAUGCACUCUGUUAUGGUUUCAGUGAACAGGAGAGUCUGACUCACAGCAUUUGGGGCGGUGCCUGAGUAUAAAACCUUUGCUGCUUUUCUUUCAGUCUUCUGCACAUUUUCAGCCCUCUCCUCUGCCGGAGCCUCCUCACGUUCUCCACGCCAGCACAUAUUCACAGCAGCCAUGCCUUCCGACCUGGAGACAGCCAUGGAGUUGCUCAUCGUGGUGUUCCACCGUUAUGCCUCUAAGGACGGCCGCGCAGGAACAUUGAGCCGGCGAGAACUCAGACAGCUGAUGGAGAACGAGCUGGCUAACUUCCUCAGGUCUCAAAAGGACCCUGGUGCUAUUGAUAAGAUCAUGAAGGACCUGGACGCCAAUGGUGAUGGCCAGGUGGACUUUGAGGAGUUUGUUUCUCUGGUUGUUGGACUGUCUGUUGCCUGUGAGCAGUGCUAUAAGAUGCACAAAGGGCUGAAGAAAUAAGUAAAAGACAGAAAGCAAAAUGAACAUGCUAUUUUUUUGUAAAGAUUGUUUUAUCAAAUAAAUUCAGUGAUUGAUUUUAAACUUC